GGGACUUGGCAAUGUCAGUAUUCUAUGUAUGUGACCUUUAACCCCUCCUCGCAGGCUCUGACCCCGCUAUGUGAGGACGACAACCAGUCCAUGGAGAUCAUCAACAGGCUGCAGAAGAACCUGGACAUCCUCAUCCAGUCCAUGACGCGCGUGUCCAGUCGCUCUGAGAUGCUGGGUGCCAUCCAUCAGGAGAGUCGCAUCGGCAAGGCGGUGGAGGUGAUGAUCCAGCACGUGGAGAACCUGAGGAGGGUCUACACCAAGGAGCACGCAGAACUGCUGGAGCUGCGAGAGACGCUGAUGCACAACGAGAGGUCGUUUGGCUCGCACACGGAACGAGCAGACGAGCUGCGCGGCAAGAAGCCCCCCACGUCCCAGUACUACAAGUCGUCCACCCGGCGGGUUAGCAUCGCAGCCAUACCGCGCUCUGCUGGAGGCAACAUGCACUACGACAUGAGCAAACAACAGGACGGUGCAGACAGCGAGGCAGAAAGAGUGACCAGGAGAGCUCCAUGGAAUGCGGCCGGCAAGAACAUGGCACGCCCCCCGCUUAAGCGCUUUGUUAGCUCUGCGGCCUGGGUUGACACCGAGGAGCCCUCUGGCGGGAUGAAGGGGACGGGGCGCCACACCUCGGACCCCCAGUGUGGCGAGGAGCCGGAGGAGCCGGUGGCGGAGAAGAGGAGGUCCAGCCUCAGCGAGCUGGGCAGCAGACUGACCUCCUUCAUUCUGCCGCUCAAGACGUUAGUGCCUCUAAAUACGCCGCCAGAGAGUGAGGAGGAACUCUUUGUCAUGCUUCCCAGCUCCUCCUCCAGCCCGGCGUCUUCAGACCCAGCCAUAUGCCCGUCUCUGCCCCAGUCCUUGACUUCCUCCCGGGUGGCGACGGCGGCCCGGGGCAGCCGGGGGCUCUGGCUAUGGUUGGCCAUGGUUCUGGUUCUCGCAGGUCUGGUGGCGCUGUUGGCCAGCCUGGUGAUGCAGCCCGCGGUGGACGCGGCCCCUGUGGGCACCGGGGACUCCUGGAUGACCAUCCAGCAGCUUCUGUGGCCUUACGCCGGCCUGCGGCACAACGGCCAGCCCCCAGUCUAGUCCCUCCUGUGGACCGGGUGCUGCGAGCCUGGGGGGGCGUGGCUAACGCAAAUGGGAGGUUCUUGUUGUCACGAACUAGUUGCCCAACUAGUUUGUGUGCACGGCAAGCAGCUGAGGACAUUUUGUUAGUUGCCCAACAUCCUUCACAUUAUCAUGCAGUCGUCAAUCAGUAUUUCUUGUCCGUCAAACUCCAAAUUUAGACUUUUAUUUUGGCGCCACACAACGGCUUUUUAAACCCGAGUCCUUUUUAUAUCACUUUUUAAGCUAAUAAUAAAAUAUUUUAAAAGAGUGUUUAAUGUAUAUUUAUGACUUUUGGAGUGGGUGACAUGUACAUUUAGAUUUUAACCACCAAAGGUUGUGUUUUGCUGUGAUGGUCACACUUUUGUAAUAUUUCCAAGAAGAUGAUUUGCAUUAAUAAACGAGCCAAUUCUGCAA